AUGACUACUACAACGUCAGGUCCUUUAUUGCGUCCUCUAUUGGCUGCCUGUUUCUCAGCGAGUGUAUAUGGCGGUCGUGUAAUUCGUGAAGUGGUGCAAACGCACGUUGCGCUCGAUAUGAUCAACAAGCAGGAAGGCACGUACGAUCCACAGACAGUAGCAGAUCGACGAUCUCAGCAGCGGAUCGUUCAUGCUCUGCGUGAAGCGUUCCCACAAGUGACGAUUGUAGGCGAGGAAGGCGAGCUCGCUCCGCCAGCUCCGGAGGACGUGAUGCAGUGCGACCUUAAAGCACUUGACGACGUGGCCUUUGAUAGUGACAACCUCGAUACGCAGAAUGUUGUACUGGAUUGGAAGGAUCUCGUAUUAUGGGUUGAUCCAUUGGAUGGCACCAAGCGUUUUGCGGCCAAGAUGUACGACGAGGUGUCGGUACUAAUCGGUAUUUCGUACAAGCAGCGUCCUAUUGCGGGCGUCGUGCACUUGCCCUUCCAUGGCAAACAUGGCAUCACUUAUUGGGGUGGUCCGAGUAUUGGUGUUUUCCGCAGCGAACAUCACGAGAACGAAGCACAGACGACACACGCCAAGUUCCUCAACCAAACACUCAAGUCCACCCAGCGUGAUUUGAUCUGCACCGUGUCUUCGACCAACUGCGAUCUAGUUAAUAACGCCUUAGCAAAGUUGACUACUUCUGCUAUCCUAACGGGUGGUGCAACAGGCACCAUGAGCCUCUUAUCGAGGGGCUUGGUGGCAAGCUCACUGACACGCAGGACGCACGAGAUGAUAUUGAACGCCAUUGCAACCGUCAACAUCACAAGUGCACUGGACGGACAACCGAUGACACCGCAGUGGUUUCAAGAGCACGUAUUCCCCGGACGAAAUGUUCUGGCAGUGAAUGUAGCUCCCCAUUCAAUCCAUCGAGGCAAACACUCUGCUACCGCAAAGCUUGAAGUGUAUUUCAAAGACGACGACAGCAAGAUGAUUGUGUUUGUGAAAAAGACUGCGAAGAGCGAACUGCCGCCAAGGCCGGCUGCACACUGGAAGCGCGACAUUGCUUCAUAUCGCACAGAGGCGACAUUUUACGCACACUUUGCGCCGUCAUUGUAUGCGCGUGGUGUUUCUCUCAUCCAGCCACUUGCAAUAUUCCAAAGUGAUGCUGCUGGAGUCUGCAUGGCAAAUAUUAUUGCUGGUAUGGCUAGUGAUGCAAAGCAUGUGGCAACUUGCUCAGAUCCUGAAAACUUUUUGAUGCUAUUGGAGUGCUUGGGUACGGCGUCUCCUGCGUCUUCAGCCAACUAUGAGGCCGCUGAUUGUCUCGGGCUUUUAGAUACUCAGCAAGCAUUGGUUUUUCUCGCGAAUCUACAUGCUUCGACAUGGGGACAAGAAGGCCUGAUCAAAAGUGCUAGUGCUAAGCUUUGGCCGGCAGCGUGUUGGUGGGCAUUUCCGAAACGAGGCGAAGAAGAACUUGCACAAGCUUCUUACAUUUGGCCGCAGAUGCUUGGUAACUGGGACAGCGUCUUCAAAACCGAGUUGUGUUUACCAUCAGUAGCAGCGCUGGAAUCACUUGGUGAACGCAUGAUAGAAGAAGCCGCAUACAUCAGCUCUUGUCUUUCCGUAGACUCUAGCGCUUCAUUGUGCACAUUAGUACAUGGCGACUUCAAGAGCGCGAAUCUGUUUUUCAACUUCGUAUCACGCAAAGUUGUGGCGUUUGACUGGCAAUGGAGUGGAGUAGGUCUUGGCGCCUUGGAUGUCGCUAACCUACUCAAUACUUCUGUGAGUAUCGCACUACUUGGUAAUGACGAGAACGAGUUGGAGUUGCUGCAGUUCUACUACGAUCACUUGAACGAGCGGCUGCAGGCGCUUGGCAUUAGGUCUGACUUAGAGAAGAGCUAUCCAUUUGAUGCUUUUAAGCGGCACUACAUGCUGGCAACACUCGAGUACGGACGUCUCCUGAUUUCGAGUUUUUGGAAAAACAUGUCUCCACAGAGCUGUAUGGCCAAGGCCAGGAAUGCCAACUGCGGUCUUGGCUAUCGGUCGAUUCCUCACGUGGUGCGAAUGUUGGAGCGUCGUCCACCCGAUUAA